AUGGCCCGCCAUCCAUUGAACUUUCCUCGCUGGCUUGCUGCAAAUAGUGACCGCUUGCAGCCGCCUGUCAGCAACUUCUGUCUCUACGACGGUAAAAAUUUCAUCCUCCAGGUCGUAGGAGGUCCAAAUACGCGAAACGACUUCCAUGUUAAUUCCACUGAAGAGUGGUUCUACCAGAUCAAGGGAAGCAUGCUGCUCCGGCUCAUCGAGGACAACCAGAUUCGGCAUGUGACUAUCAGAGAAGGCGAAAUGUUCUUGGUAGAUGCCAAUACCCCUCACUCUCCAGUACGCACUGCAGACACUGUUGGCCUCGUUAUGGAAAUGGUUAGGCCAAGUGACAGCUUGGACUGUUUGCGUUGGUAUUGUACCAAGGGGAAUCACUCAGAGCCUACUUUGAUCCACGAAGAGUCUUUCUAUGUUUCAGAUCUUGGCAAGCAGCUCAUAGAUCCGAUUGAGCGAUGGCGACGUGAUGAAAAGAGGAGAACAUGCCCAAAAUGCGGCAAAGUGGAGGAUCCCCAGUAUUACAAUUAG